CCAUUCACACACACAUACACACGUACACACUGGGAUGGAUGGAGCCAGCGUCCCCCUGCCUGCCUCCCUCCCUCAGAUACCUCCAUGCUGCCCACGGGUUCCUGCAGAAUCCCGAGGAGUCACCCGAAGAGCUACUGAUCAGUGACAAAUUACAACAUGUCCCUGAAUGAUUAAUCACGGAGAGCAGGCGAGAGGAGCAGCGUCAGAGGCAAGAGGAUGAUGAGGGGAGAACAGACCUGCUUGCAAACUGCUGCGUUUAGAGCUUUAGAGGAGACAUCAGGACGGAGCUGAUCUGAAGAAGCUCUGCGAAUCCGGAGGUUCUACUGAGGAGAAUAGCAAGGAGCCCGGAGACAUACAGAGAAAGAGACGCACAGGAGAGAAGCUCCAGACCGCCAAAAAGGAACCUCCGGCUUCAGCCCUGCAAACAAUGCUCUAAAACACGGGAAGAGACACGCCACAGAGAAGGUCUCUACAAGCCGUUAAAAUGCCAGAGCAAAGUAACGACUAUCGAGUUGUUGUUUUUGGGGCUGGGGGUGUUGGAAAGAGCUCCCUUGUCCUACGUUUUGUCAAAGGAACUUUUCGCGACACCUAUAUCCCGACAAUCGAGGACACAUAUCGCCAAGUCAUCAGCUGUGACAAAAGUGUGUGCACCCUGCAGAUCACAGACACUACAGGAAGCCACCAGUUUCCAGCAAUGCAGCGACUCUCCAUCUCAAAAGGUCAUGCGUUUAUUUUAGUCUUCUCUGUCACUAGUAAACAAUCCAUUGAGGAGCUGAAGCCAAUAUACCAGCAAAUCUUGCAGAUCAAGGGUAGCAUAGAGAGCAUACCAGUCAUGCUGGUAGGAAACAAGUGUGAUGAAACACAACGUGAAGUAGAUACAAAGGAAGUGGAGGCGUUGGCCAAAGAGUGGAAAUGUGCCUUUAUGGAGACUUCAGCCAAGAUGAACUACAACGUAAAGGAACUUUUCCAAGAGUUGCUAAAUCUGGAGAAAAGGAGAAAUAUGAGUCUUAAUAUUGAUGGGAAAAGAUCCAGCAAGCAAAAGAGAGCAGACAAAAUUAAAGGAAAAUGUAGUCUCAUGUAGGAAGACACAAUUACGAUAGCCAUCCCAUGCUCAUUUAUGGUCAUGCUAAUUAUUUUGUAUCAACGUCUUUCGCUGCAUCUUAUCACUGUGAUUGCAGAGGCACGCUAACCGCCUUGCACACUCAUUGUGCAGCAUUGUUUAAUAUCAUUAUACCUUAAUUUCUGUUUAGAGUAAUAGGAGAUUUGGAAAAAGAAAGUAUUUUUGUUCACUUUUUUAAAAAACAAAAACAAAACAAAGGACAUUGCUACUGUGAAAAUGCUUCAUAUCCACCGUCUUGCUAAUAGACCACUAAAGGAGAUGCACCUUCCAUGUGAUGGCUUAAACCUGCAAUUAUUUAUACAAGAUGCUACAGGAUCAGGUUUGCUUCUUAGUUUAUAUGAGUGAGUGGUGCUUUAAUAAAGUGACAGGAACAAAAAGGUAAGCAAUCAUGUGGAAUACUAUAAUUCUUGAGAAAAUGCAGUUGGUCAGACUUGAAACUUGACAGGGCAGAAACCAUUUCAUCCUGUUCUGGGAAGUACAGUGCUGGCUGAAACAUCUGGAUCAUAAAUGUUAUCAAAACUAA